AUGUCCGGCACCGAUAGGGAUCCGUCCCCACCGAUUGCGGCCUCCGGGCUCGCUCCCGCCGCCGAGCUCCUCCACGAGCAACAACCCGACGAUGAAGCCCCGCUUGAGCCCCCGAUGCCUCCAUUCGAGCCGCUCUUUGCACUCCUGACCAACUCUACCACAAACACCACCGUCCACCCCCGCAUCCACUACCUCUUCUCCGACGACGACCCUUCUGUCCUGGCGAGCCCUGCCGUCGACCGCGCCCUCGUCGUGGACCUCGUGCCUGCUCCCGAGGGAGACUCGAGUCGAUGGGCCGUAUCAUGGGCUGCGAGCUUGACACCAGACUUUGCCGUCACAAACUCCAACGUGGCUGUGCAACAAAGCGAGGGCGAUGACGACGGCCGUAACGGGGGCGCCCUCAUGCUCCGCGUCGAAGGCGUAGAACGCGAACCCGUCGAGAUGCGCCCCGACAGCCUCCCCAGCUCCGGGAGCGGCGCCAUCGGCGGCGAAGACGUCGACGUGCUCGCCGAGGACUUUCGGCGACGCAUGGGCGUGCUGAAGAAGGUUGUCGACGAGGGAGAGAAGCGACGUGCCCUAGUAGGACAACAACAUGAAGAAGAGCAAGUAGACGAGGACGAGGGUCCACCCGACGAGGCGAUAGUGGACUAUGACAGCGUCGAAAAGGGAAAGGAAAAGGCCAAGGACUGA